AUGGCCGCAACUAUUCACGCUCCCCUGACCAAGCGAGCGGAGUGCGGGCCUGGAAUCGGUUCCUGCGCAUCGGGACAGUGUUGCUCAGAAGCCGGCUGGUGUGGAACGACGGCAGACUUCUGCGGCGGUUCGCAAUGCCAGCUCGCGUACAGUGACUCUUGCGACACCUUCUUUCCGCCACCAGGCGCUAGCACGGAGAGUAUCGCCCGUCCCCUCCUGGGUUCUGUACCUUAUGGCUCAAUCAUCACUACUUGCGCCGUCCCUGGAACUUUGGCAUUGACUUAUGACGAUGGCCCGUACAUUUACACAUCUCAAUUGCUCGAUAUACUUGAGGCUCAGAAUGUUACCGCUACCUUCUUCGUUGCCGGUAACAACAAGGGCAAGAACCGGAUGGAUAAUCCGGAUACAGCAUGGCCGGCCGUCAUGCGCCGGAUGCACGCCGCUGGUCACCACAUUGCCAGCCACACCUGGACCCACCGUAACUUGAACGAAGUCAAUAGCACCAUCCAGAGGACCGAGAUCAUCUACAACGAAAUGUCGUUUCGGAACCUCUUCGGCUGGAUACCUACCUACAUGCGUCCGCCAUACCUUGAAUGCAACGCAGGCUCUGGUUGCCAGAACCUGCUCAAGACGCUCGGUUACCACAUCAUCAAUGUCAAUAUCGACACUAAGGACUACAUGUAUGAUUCUCCUGAGACAAUCCAGACCGCCAAAGACCGCUUCUCCAGCGGAAUUUCAACAAAUGCGGCUGCAAGCAGCUACAUCGAGCUGUCCCACGAUGUCCACUACCAGACCGUGGUCAACCUGACCCAGUUCAUGAUCGAUACGGCCAAGGCACGCGGAUACCGUCUUGUGACUGUGGGCGAGUGUCUCAAUGAUCCCAAGGAGAAUUGGUACCGGUCUGCCGGUGGCGCUAUUAGCUCCAGCAUUGCGCCCGGUACCACAAGGACCACGACGACAACUUCCGUGCCCACGCUCUCGACACCUGUCUCCUCGAGUCAGACGCGAGCUCAGACAAGCACAGCCUCCACAAAUAGCGCGACUCGAGUAUCUUCCACCUCGUCCAGUGCUCCUGCGUCCACGGCGAAGGUGUCACCGGACCAGACCUGCGGUGGAACCAAUGGUUAUACUUGUCUAAACUCGAAGUUUGGCAACUGCUGCUCACCAUAUGGAUUCUGGUAA